GAAACAGAUGAAAACCCUCAAGACAUUGAUGCUUUUCGUUUAAAAAGCGGGUUUCUGCACAUCUCAGAAGACUCCUGUCUGGAGUUCUGGUACCAUAAACCCAGUCAUAGGAGCUCUGAACUAAAAGUUUUUCUAGCAGAGGAUACUCUGCAGAAGUUGCUUUGGAGCUCAGAGACGGCUAGGAAUGGAGACUGGAGAGAAGUCUACAUCCCUCUCAUGAGUCACCCCGACAACAACAGUGUACAGGUUAUUUUCGAGCUGUCACAAGGUCUGCGAUUAGACGAUGAAACUGCCUUUGACAGAGUUGGAAUACGGAAGGGACAAUGUGGGGCCCAGUGCCAACCAGGGGCAAAAUUUUGGACAAGCGAAACCACUCGUUGCACCUGCAAUGACGAACAACUCACCUGUUCUCACAUGCCUUGGUCCAACGACGACUUCACAUUUGGCACCUGCCAUGUUUCCUCUGAUUCACAUUAUACUUCUUUCGAUGGAGUCAACUUCCUCCUUGACAACCCUUGCAUGUACGUCUUGUCAAGGGUCUGUGACAUGUCUGGGUUGCUUCCGGAGUUUUCUGUGGAGGUGAGGAACGAAAAGAAAGGAGACUCGUCCAUUUCCUCUGUUCAUCAGGUGAACGUCAACACGCAUGGUCUGAGAGUGGCCAUGCUACGAAAAGAGAGGAGAAGAGUCAUGGUCAAUGGCAUUUGGAGAAAUGUCCCGUUACACCUGAAAGAAAACACAGUUGUUAUUGACACAGAGGAAAAUGCUGUGGUCCUUCACACAGACUUCAACAUGACCGUGUCAUACAUGAGAUCUGGUGCGGUUCAGGUGGUCCUGCCAAACCAUUACUCUAACAAAGUCUGUGGCAUCUGCGGAAACUUUAACCAGCUGAUGACGGACGACUUCAAUGUGCCGGAAGGGCUACCGCUAGGAUACGCCCUUGAAACAGGAAAGAGCUGGGAGUCUCAUGAUGCCAUCUGUGAGGAGCCUAUCCUACCUAUAGUGUGUACAGAGACAGAAGAGCUGGAGUAUUCCAGUGAUCUUUACUGCGGCGUGCUCACAUCCAGACAGGGGCCAUUCUCCAAGUGUUCUUUGGUUCUCGGUGGAGAGAACUUCCUCCAAAACUGCAAGCUUCAAAUGUGUACCGCUCACGGAGAUCCCGAAGUCCUUUGCCACACAUUACAGACCUUCAGUGAAACAUGCAAUAAAGCUGGGAUAACGGUUCCUGCCUGGAGGAACUCGACGUUCUGUCCUUUGGUGUGUGGCCCUCACAGUCAUUACAAUGCCUGUGUCAGCGGCUGCCAAGAGAUCUGCUCUAGCCUGGAUGCUGCAGGGACUUGUGGGAUAUGCGAAGAACGCUGUGAGUGUGAUGACGGCUUCCUGCUCAGCGGAGGAACAUGCGUGCUGGAAGAGGACUGUGGAUGCUGGGUAAACGAACAGCAUUAUGUGAUCAGAGAGACAUUCAUGGAGGGUGACUGUGACACACUGUGCGAGUGUCAGGGCCACGGGAAAAUCCACUGUUCCCCUGUGUCCUGUCUGGCCGGUGAAGUAUGUAUGGUUCAAGACGGGAUCGAGGGCUGCUUUCCUUCUAGUCCUGUGACCUGCUGUGUCUACGGUGACCCCCAUUACAUCACCUUCGAUGGCAAGGCCUACUCAUUCUGGGGCACCUGCAACUACACAAUAGUAAAAACAUGUGGUCCAGCUGACACCCAGUUCACUAUAACCGCAAGAAAUGAAGGGAGAGAGAAUCCUACAAGCUCUUCUCUUAACUCUGUAGCUCUUGACAUGGAAGAAUUCCACCUCACCAUCAGAAAGAACAAGCUGGUUUAUGUUAACGGUGCUCCGGUGAAUCUCCCUGCGGACUUUGGUUCCGUUCAUUUGUCUCAGUCGGGACCCUACGCUCAAGUCGAUACAGACUUCGGUGUGCGUAUGCUGUUUGAUGGAAAUUCUAGGCUGUUUGUGCAGGUGGAUGAGCGCUACAGAGGGUUGUUAUGCGGCCUGUGCGGUACUUACUCCGGAAGUCAGUUCGACGACUUUUUAACUCCCGACGGCAACAAUCUAGCGCAUCCGCACGAGUUCGCCAGCAGCUGGAAUACAGACGACAACGAUUGGCCGUGCAGUAAUGGCUCUCCAGACCCCCCUGUGUGUGACUUAGACCUGGAGAAUGCUGCAUACACCGAGUGCAGUGCAUUGUUUGGAGAUGUUUUCACAGAAUGCCACUGGUUUGUUCCACCUCAGAUCUACGUCACCAGCUGCAUUACUGAUUAUUGCACUUACCAGGGGGAUAAAUCUCAACUCUGCACCUCUUUUGAGGACUAUGUGUCUGCCUGUGAGGUGGCUGAGGUGUUUCCAACAGACUGGAGAAAUCACACUUUCUGUGAUUUGGGUCCUUUACUACCGUCAACAAAUGCACCCAAACCAACAUCGCUGCCUGAAAGCUGCAAGUGGAGCUGCAACUUUGACCAGGAUGAUUGUGGGUGGGAACAACUCAUCCAGGACAGUUUUGAUUGGACUAGAUGGUCGGGGUCUACGCCAUCAGAACUCACCGGGCCGACUGGUGACCACACCACAGGAAACGGCUUCUACAUGUAUAUUGAGGGGGACAGUAUGGUACAUGGUGACUCGGCCCGUAUGAUGACUCCUGUCUGCUACACUUUUGAAAAGCAGUGUGUGAGUUUCUGGUAUCACAUGUAUGGUCCAGCGAAUGCUAUGGCACUCAACCUUUACCUGUUUGAAAACAACCGCGCUGUCAAACUAUGGUCCAAUGUCAAUAACCAGGGCACCCGCUGGUUCCAAGCCAAGGUUGAAAUCAAACCACAAGCAGCUUUCCAGAUAAUCGUGGAGGGCAUUAGGGGUUCAGAUCCUCGCUCAGAUGUGGCCAUAGAUGACGUGGUCAUAAGGUAUGGUGGAUGUGAAGAUAUUCCUAUAGAUGACAUUGACACGACCACUCUGGCACCCCCUCGGACUAGUUCAAAUUCAGUCAUCCCCCAUCCAGUUUGUGGCCUGAACUGUGAUUUUGAAAGUGAUAUCUGCAGUUGGACUCAGUUGCUGACUGACGUUUUUGAUUGGACAAGACACAUAGGCCCCACCCCCACCUUAAAGACCGGUCCUUCCUCUGACCACACCACAGGAAGUGGUUACUACAUAUACAUCGAGGGAGAUAGUGCCACUCACGGUGACACGGCACGCCUCCUCAGUGCAGAAUGCACUGACGUUCAACCCCAGUGUCUUCAGUUUUGGUACCACAUGAACGGUGCCAGCAGCACCAUGGGACUGAGCGUCUACCAGCUUGAGGGUAAUUUGGCCCAGGAGGUGUGGAGGAGGAGAGAAAACCAUGGAGACAUGUGGCAUCAUGCGCUGGUGGACCUGAGGCCGACUGUUAAGUUUCAUGUGAUCUUUGAGGGGCGUAGAGGAAGCACGGCCCUGUCAGAUGUUGCCAUUGAUGAUGUCUCUCUGCACCGAGGAACCUGUGAUGAUUUAGUAAACCAGGUGAAACCAACACCUCCCGUCCCGUUGCCACCAACGGUGCAAACUACAGCCAGACCCAUCCAAACCACAGCUGAACCCGUUCAAACUACGACCAGACCCGUCCAAACCACAGCUGAUCCCAUUCAAACUACUACCCGACCCAUCCAAACCACAGCUGAAUCCAUUCAAACUACGACCAGACCUGUUCACACCACAAAUGAAUCUGUCCAAACUACAGCUGGACCUAUUCAAACUACAGCAUCAAAACCCUCUUGCCCCAUAAACAGUUAUUACACCGACUGCAUCCCUGCCUGCCAGCCCACAUGUUCACACCUGCACGGCCCGCCGAACUGUAACACAGAAGAGCCGUGCGUUCAGGGGUGUAUGUGCGAUGACGGCUUUGUGCUUAAACAGCGCACGUGCGUGCCCAUCAGCGAGUGCGGUUGCAAAGACAGUCACGGCAAUAUCCAUAGCUUCGGUGAGGUCUGGUAUGGCAGCCAUUGCUCACAGAGAUGUGAGUGUGAGGAUGAUGGGGAGAUAGAAUGUGAAGAUUAUGAAUGUGAUGGAAAUGAGAUAUGUCAUGUGACUGAACAGGGGCAGCACAUGUGCCAGAAAGCUGAGUUCAGCAAAUGUACAAUCGACGAUGACCCAGAGUACAGAACUUUUGACAAGAUGACGCACAAGUUUAAAGGCAAGGAUUCCUACAUCCUGGUCAAAACCACCGGCCUCCCCAGUAAAAUCUCGGAUGUUUAUGUGGUCACCAUCAACAAAAAAGUCAAAGACAAGAGCAGUGAGGAAGACAGCAGUGAGGAGGAUGAUGAUGAUGGUCGUCUGCGUGCUAUCAGAAUCAGAGUCUAUAACCACACAGUGGAAUUUAAAAAGGGCCGUAAAAUAACAGUAGAUGGUUUGAGCGUUCGAGCUCCUAUCUCCCCCUCUGGAGGAAUCAAGAUUUGGGAGCGCUCUUCUCGAGUCUUUCUGAAGACUGACUUUGGCCUCUUUGUGGAGUUUGAUGGCAAACACGAAGCAGAGAUCACUCUUUCCCACACAUAUAAAAUGAAGAUCGGAGGUCUCUGUGGAAAUUUUGACGCCGUGAGCAAAAAUGACAUGAUAAAGCCGAACGGGGAACAGGCAAGGAAUGUGAAGGAAUUUGGAGAGAGCUGGAGAGUGACAGACAGACGGAGGCAGUUCUUUAUUUAAGAAAAAUUGCAUCUGGAGCUGAAAGAUUCGCCAUCUGACAUCAAUAUGGACUUCCUUACUAAGCUGACACAUUACUUAACUAGCUAGUGGUGUUUGUGUGCAACAUAUUCAUUUUUUAACAUGUCUUACAAAAUACUUAUUUCCAGUCAUUAUAGAAUGCCUCUAAAGGAACAAAAACAUGCAACUACUCACAUGUUUAGGGCAGACAUCUUAAAACCGAAAUUGUAAAUGAAUAUGAAUUUGUUAGGAAUGUUUAUUUUAUUUGAAAAUGAUAAAUACAAUGAUUUACCUUAAAUAAUGAGUGUUCACCCAAGAUAAAUGGACAGUGCUAUGUUUAAAGUCACAAUGAAAUCAAACAGUGUUUUACACAGUGUUGCAUUGAUUAUUAUAAAUGAUUUAUCCAUGCACACCAUUACUUUUUUUAUUCAUUUGCACUUGUAAUCUUUAAUCAAAAACAUUAAGCUCCUCUCCCCCUCUCAACAACUCUUCAUCACAUGAAGUAAGCAACAAAAAAGAGGUAGGACUAUACUGACUGUCCAAUGGCCAGGCAUUUUUAGCCCUCCCCUCCAGGCCCAAUUUACAACAAACCAAUCAUAAAGGGAAAGGCAAAAUAAAGCCCCGCCCUACAUUUUUCUAAUUUCAUAAGCCUUUUCACUGGGAUGUACGUCACGUUAUGGAAAAUAAGUCAAUCGCAACUUCCAUUUCAUGGUGACUUUAAGUCAUGUUAAGUCCACUAAUGACUGAUCUCACAAAAGAAAGACAUUUUGAACUUUAGGUUAAUAAACAUUUAAUUUCCCUCGUAUUUUUUAUUUAGAUGUUUGAGUUGCUGUACUUUGUUUUGAGAUAAUUACUGACAUUAUCUAUAAUUAAGACAUAAUGAAAACAUGUCAUAAAAGCAUACUUCUGUAAUUGCUCAGUGGAGGUAAACUAGUUUCCCAUAGUCGCACUGGUGUCAUCACAUGUUUCCAUA